AUGUGUAGCAACUGCAGCAACUUGGAUCCAUUAUCGCUCAUUUUUGCUAUCUCAUCGGUGGAAAAAUCCGAGCUUGAUGGUAGCAGAAGCACAGCAGUCACAUCUCGCACGUACACGGGACGUUCAACGUCCGACACUGGCCAGAAAAAGAACUCAAGAAAAACAUCACCGUCGAGCAGUAAUUCAUCUGCUUCUCAACAAUGCUGUGCACGUGAGGAAAUCCAGACACCGGAAAAAUUAAUAGAUCUUGGCUGGAUCACGUUUUCACAUCCUUCGUAUUCCCUGGAUAUAAUGUCACUUGACAUUUUGGCAUUUGAAGCCUAA